GUUGGUCGAAAAGACGACUAAACGAUGCUGGACUGUCCAUUGAAGCGGAUAGGAUAACAUUUGAUUUACUCACCUAAACGGGGGCUGUCUACCGAAAAGAAUGGACAUCAAAAUUAUUGGCCCAUGCCUCUUACUCUUUCUCGCCUUUCCGCAUUGCUCGUCACGGCCAUGCUUAGAUCCGCUCAUCUCUCCUCUCUAUGCGUCCUCUUUCCAUGCAUCCUCUAGAUAUAAUUUUCUUUACUCUGCACACUUUGCCAAACUUUAUGGGAGCAGUGGCUGGUCUCCGUCCCCUCGGGACAGGCAGCCAUGGAUGCAGAUUGACUUGGGGAGGAAGUAUCGUAUCAUGGCUAUUGCUACUCAGGGUACCUUCAACUCCUAUGAUUGGAUCACCAAAUACAUGCUGCUGUAUGGUGACCGAUUUGACUCAUGGACUCCAUAUGUUAUGAAAGGAGGCAACAUGACGUUGCCUGGCAACUGGAAUUACUACCAGGUGAAGAGGAACGUCUUUCAUUAUGCAUUCACUGCCAAACAUCUGCGUAUCUACCCCAUGGGAUGGAACACUGACAAUGGAGGCAAGAUCGGCCUUCGGCUAGAGGUCUAUGGCUGCCCUUACGACUCAUAUGUGAUGCAGUUUGAGGGGGAUGACAUGGUGGCAUACUCAUUCCCAAGAGGCCGGAUGAGGACACUUCAGGACCACUAUGCUUUGAACUUUAAGACCCUGGAGAAGGAUGGCAUACUUCUGCACAGUGAGGGCCUUCAGGGAGACUCAAUCACUCUAGAGCUGAAGACUGGACGGCUCUACUUACACAUUAGCCUUGGGAGCAGCACGGUUCACAAAACAAAUGGCAUGACCACAAUGAGGCUGGGCAAUCUAUUGGACACCCAGCACUGGCACUACGUCACCAUCAAACGCUACGGCCGAGAGGUUAACUUCACCCUGGACAGUCAGACUGAGACCACCAUCCUGAAUGGAGAGUUCCAAUACCUCGAUCUGGACAAACAGAUUUAUGUUGGCGGGGUGAUUGAGAAAGAUGUGCCCCACCUACCUGGUAAGGUAAACUUCCGUGGCUGCAUGGAGAACAUCUUUAUCAAUGGAAUCAAUAUAAUCUACAAUACAAAAUACCAGGAGCCUGAAAUUCGACUUGCUCCUAAAAAGACAAAGAUGCAUUAUACGUGCCGUGACCUCCUCUGGAAGCCCAUGACCUUUGCAGGGCCCAACAACUACCUGCAGCUACCUGGGUUCUUCCGGAAGAACCGUCUGGCGGUGAAGUUUAAGUUCCGCUCCUGGGACUACACAGGGCUGCUGAUGUUCACCAGGUUUGCAGAUGAUUUGGGCUCUCUGGAGCUGGGAUUGAGUGAAGGACAGGUCAACGUCACUCUUAUGCAACCUGGGAACAAGAGAUUACGCUUUGCUGCAGGGUACCGUUUAAACGAUGGCUUCUGGCACACGGUUGACCUGACUGCCAAAGACAACUUGCUAACCAUCACUAUUGACGAGGACGAGAGUUCACCGCUGAAGAUCACCAACCCCUUCAUAGUUCGCACAGGAGACCGCUACUUCUUUGGUGGUUGUCCCAAAACAAAUAACACGGUUCGGUGUGUUACCAAGCUGUCUCGCUUCCACGGCUGCAUGCAGCAGAUCUUUAUAGAUGAUGAGCCAGUAGAUAUAGAUGUCAUGCUGCAGAGGAAAUGGGGCAGAUACGCUGAAGUGCUGCUGGGCACUUGCGGGAUCACUGAUAGGUGCUCUCCAAACCCUUGUGAACAUGAAGGCAGGUGUAUUCAAUCCUGGAAUGACUUUUUGUGUAUAUGUAACAACACAGGCUACAAGGGGGAAGUUUGUCAUAACUCGGUGUACAGAGAGUCAUGUGAAGCCUACAGACUGAAUGGAAAGUACUGGUCAGGCAACUACACCAUAGAUCCAGAUCUGAGCGGUCCUCUGAAGCCUUUCACUGUUUACUGCAAUAUGUUACAAAAAUCAUGGACCGUAAUUGAGCACAACCGUAUGAAGAGCACCAAGGUGAGCGGAUCCACUCUGGAUCGGCCAUAUAUUGGAGGAGUCCAGUAUGCAAAUGCAUCGUGGGAUGAAGUCACUGCUUUAGCAAACACCUCCUUAUACUGCGAACAGUGGAUUGAGUUCUCAUGCUACAAGUCACGCCUCCUCAAUACUCCACAUGGAAGACCUUAUACUUACUGGAUUGGUCGCCAUAAUGAGAGUCAUGAAUACUGGGGCGGAGCUUUCCCUGAGAGUGGAAAAUGUGGAUGUUCGAUCAAUCAAACCUGCACUGACUCCAAGUACUGGUGCAACUGUGAUGCUGACUACCGCCAAUGGCACUCAGACAAGGGCUACCUGUCAUUCCGAGAUCACCUGCCAGUCAGAAGGAUUGUCAUAGGGGACACUAACCGCACUGGUUCAGAGGCUCACUACAGUGUUGGGGCACUGUUUUGCCACGGAGACAGGAGUAUCUGGAACACUAUAGGCAUCACCAAGCCCACCUAUCUGACCUUCCCUACCUUCAAGCCUGGCACCAGUGCCGACAUCACAUUUCACUUCAGGACUUACCGCACUAAUGGAGUGUUUCUGGAAAACUCAGACGAUCACCUUCGGAAUUUCAUCCGAAUAGAACUCAACUCCACAACUGAGGUGGUAUUCAUUUUCAUGGUGGGUGACGGCAUCAGGAAUGUGACCCACCGCUCUCCUAAACCUCUCAACGAUAACGAAUGGCACUAUGUGGAGGCUGAAAUCAAUGUGAAAUUGGCACGUCUCAAAGUUGAUUUUUUCCCUCCUGCCAUACACAAGUUCCCUGGCCAGACUUACAUCACCAUGAAGUUCACACAACCCCUGCUUGUAGGUGCGGCAAAUCAUACUUUAAGGCCUUUCCUGGGUUGUUUGAGGGGGCUUCGGAUGAACGGGGUUCCUGUGGAUUUGGAGGGGAAGGUUGACGAGAAGGCUGGAAUAAGGAGGAACUGCACUGGAGCAUGUCUGAACGUCUCAAUACCGUGUCGAAAUGGAGGCCAGUGCAUUGAUGGGUAUGCUUCAUAUGCCUGUGACUGCAAUAACACAGCCUUCGACGGCUAUUACUGUCACUUAGAUAUCGGGGCAUUCUUUGAUGUGGGAGCAUGGCUACGCUAUGACAUCCGUAAAGAGCCGAUUUCCUUUGAUGCAUGGUGGGCAAACUUCUGGAUUGAGCCUCACUGGCACAACUUCACCCUUGGAUACAACACAACAACUGAUGACAUAGAGUUCAGCUUCAGCACACUAGAGGCCCCAGCUGUGCUGCUGUAUAUCAGCUCCUUUGGCAAUGAUUACAUCGCUGUCCUGCUCAAGAAAGAUGGUACAUUAUCUCUGAGGUACCGGCUUGGCAUAAUAAGCUAUAAAUUUAAGUUGACUGAUAGAAACAUGGCAGACGGCUUCCCUCAUUUUGUAAACAUCACACGACACAACUACACCAUAUGGACACAGGUGGAUUACAUGGAUCCAUGGAUUGAGAAGUUAAUACCAGGAGAGAUUCCCAGAUUUGACUCACCAAAGUCUAUAUUCCUGGGCAGAGUCAUGGAGGUGGGAGGUGUAGAUUACGAAAUUCAGAGGCACAACAGUCCAGGAUUUAUGGGCUGUAUAUCAGGGGUCCGCUAUAACAUCUUCGCCCCGCUGAAGGCUUACUUCCGACCCAAUGUAACUAAUCCACCCGUGACAACUCAAGGCUAUGUGGUGGAGUCUAACUGUGGAGCUUUUACCCCUGUCUUAGGAUAUGUCCCUUGGGAGGACGACCCCUGGUUCACUGGGCUGUUCUUCUAUUACAUUCAUGAUGAUGUGACCCCACCUUGGAUGACAUUAAUCGUGACCGUGUCUCUAAUGCUGCUGUUCCUGAUCCUGUACGGCCUCUACAUUUACCUGUACAGGUAUAAAGGUAGUUAUCACACUAAUGAACCCAAACAGCUGGAGUCUCCCAGCUCCGCUCGGCCCCUCACUGACACUCUGCGCAAGGAUAGAAAGAACCUUCCAGAAAUAGAGGAGGAGAGUCCCAAUGAGUAACACACAACUACAGAAUGAGAGAUGACUGGAUGAAAGGAGGUGAAGAAGGAGGACUAAGUAACAAAAGGGAUUUUUUUAUUUAUCUUUGCAUUUAUGGUAAUGUAACAGUAUAUUUAUUUUUCUGUCCCAUCAUUUUUUACAGUGUAAUCUGAUUAUUUGGUGCUUUUGGAAGGGUUCAGACCAAGCAGGCUAGAGACAAUUUACCAUCCAGUCAAUGAACGCUGGCAGUGCAGUUCAACUGAAGUGCCUCAGCAACAUUACAGGAAACUUUGAAACUACAUAACACUACAAAAAAUAUAUUUUCUUAAUCAGUAUUUUUCUUGUUUUCCUGUAAAAAUAUCUAAACAUCCUUAAAACAAGUUACAUUUACUUAAGAUAUUAAGACUUAUAUUUAUUUGUCUU